AAGAGGAAACCUUCUAUCUGCCCUUUCAGACACAGCUGCCGUGCUGAAGAGUGGUAUGGCACUGAGAACAGACGUGGUUCUCCGGCUGCUGGUGGUGGUGAUGAGGGGUAUGGCUGCUCCAGCCCCAAUCUGCUCUCUGCUGGGCCAACCCGCUCUGCCUCUCCUAUCUGCUGAGGGGGACAUCAACAUUGGAGCAGUGUUCGCUCUACAUAGGAAUGCCCUCUUCAAGGUCAAUUCGUUCACCUCCAGACCAAAGAAAACACCCUGUAUCAGUUUCAACCCACGUGAGUUCCAGUUUGCACAGACCCUGAUCUUUGCCCUGGAGGAGAUCAACAACAGCAGUGAUCUGCUGCCAGGGCUGUCUCUGGGUUACCAGGUCUAUGACUCCUGUAGCUCUGCCACCCUGGCCAUCCACUCAGCCUUGGCCAUGAUGAACAGCCCUGGGCCUGAGAACAGCCUGGGAGACCCCUCCUCCUGCUCCAGAUCUCCAGCCGUGUUGGGCAUUGUAGGGGAGUCAAGCUCCACAUCCACCAUCGGACUAUCAUCCCUGGUUGGACCAUUCAGCAUCCCUGUGAUCAGCCACUUUGCCACCUGUGCUUGUCUGAGUAACAGAGAAAAGUUCCCUUCCUUCUUCAGAACCAUCCCCAGUGACUUCUACCAGAGCAGAGCCCUGGCAAAGCUGGUCAAACACUUUGGAUGGAACUGGGUGGGAGUGGUGAACAGCAACAAUGACUAUGGAAACAAUGGCAUUGCCACAUUCAUGGAGGCAGCGUGGCAUGAAGGGGUCUGUGUAGAGUACCAAGAGGCCAUCCACCGCACAGACCCCCGAGAGAAGCUCCUGAAAACCGUCAGGGUGAUCAGGAAGGCCACAGCCAGGGUGGUGGUACUGUUCCUGGGCUUGGGGGACCUCAUCCCCCUGCUGAAUGAGCUGGCUCUGGAGGGAGACCCAGGGCUGCAGUGGGUAGGCAGCGAGGCCUGGAUCACAGCCAGAGUGCUGACGGAGAACAAGGCCUACGGCUUCCUGAGGGGGGCGGUGGGCUUUGCCAUCAGGAAUGCCAGACUGGAUGGUCUGGAGGGGUUCCUAGACAAGGUGCACCCCUCCCAGGCGCCAGACAACACCCUGCUCAGGGAGUUCUGGGAGACUGUGUUCCAGUGCUCCUUCGAGGGGGGCAGCAGCACUCUGUGCACAGGAACAGAGAGGUUAGCAAAGCUGAAGAACCAAUACACUGACGUGUCAGAGCUGAGAAUAUCCAGUAAAGUGUACACAGCUGUAUAUGCCAUUGCACACGCUCUACACAACCUACUGACAGACUUAAAGAAUGACACAGGCAGCGGCAACAGACCAGUCUACACACCACAGCAGGUGCUACAGUACCUGAAGGAGGUGAGGUUUAGAGUAAAGACAGGAGAGGAGAUCUGGUUUGAUGCUAACGGAGAUGUGGUGGCGUGCUACGACCUAGUGAACUGGCAGCAGGAGGAGGAUGGGACCCUGCAGUUCCAUGCUGUGGGGCUGUAUGAUUCCUCGAUGCCCCCUGAACAGCGCUUUACCUUCAACCAGGGAAAACUGGUCUGGGCAGGGGGCCAGGCAGAGGCACCUGCAGCAGUGUGCAGUGAGAGCUGUCCCACAGGCACUCGUAAGGCUGUACAGAAAGGAAAGCCUGUAUGCUGUUAUGACUGUGUACCAUGUGCGGAGGGAGAGAUCAGCAAUAUCACAGAUUCUAACGGCUGCUAUCGAUGUGACUUGGAGUAUUGGUCAAAUGAAAAAAGGGACCGCUGUGUGUUGAAACCAGUUGAAUUCCUCUCCUAUGAAGAAAUUAUGGGCAUAGUUCUGGUGUUUUUCUCCUUACUGGGGUCUGGUGUUACUACUCUGGUAGCUGUUGUGUUUUCAAUUCAUAAGGUCACCCCCAUCGUCAGGGCCAACAACUGUGAGCUGAGCUUCCUGCUGCUUUUCUCCUUGACUCUAUGUUUUCUGUGUUCUCUUACUUUCAUUGGCCGGCCCUCUGAGUGGUCCUGUAUGCUGCGUCACACAGCGUUUGGGAUCACCUUCGUCCUCUGCAUCUCUUGUGUUCUGGGGAAAACAAUAGUGGUGUUGAUGGCCUUCAGGGCUACACUUCCAGCCAGUAAUGUCAUGAAAUGGUUUGGUCCUCCACAGCAGAGACUCAGUGUUCUGGCUUUCACUCUCAUACAGGUCCUGAUCUGUGUUCUUUGGUUAACAGUCUCACCUCCUUUCCCCUACAAGAACAUGAAGACCUAUAAGGAAAAGAUCAUUCUAGAGUGUGAUGUGGGUUCAGCUAUUGGUUUCUGGGCUGUGUUGGGGUAUAUAGGACUCCUGGCUGUCUUGUGCUUUGUGCUGGCUUUUCUGGCUCGAAAGCUGCCUGAUAACUUCAAUGAGGCCAAAUUCAUCACCUUCAGCAUGCUCAUAUUCUGUGCAGUCUGGAUCACCUUUAUCCCAGCUUAUGUCAGCUCUCCUGGGAAGUUCACUGUAGCUGUGGAGAUCUUUGCUAUUCUGGCCUCUAGUUUUGGUUUACUUUUCUGCAUAUUUGCUCCUAAAUGUUUCAUUAUAUUGCUGAGGCCAGAGCAAAACACCAAGAAACAUAUGAUGGGGAAGACAUCCAAUGACACACGAUAUUAAAGAAACAUAUUUUGGGAAAGGCCUUUAGGAUGAAUACUGACCAUUGGCCUAUUCAAAGUCUUUCUAUAAUAAACACGGACACAUCAUUUCAAAGUCAGUCAUGGGUUAACCUCAUCCCCAGACUCAAUUGAUACCAAAAAAUGGAGCCUGGAAACACUGUGCAAAGAAGUGUUACUUGAAAGGGGAAGGGUUCAAAUCAAGGCAGGAGAGAGAGAUCCUGCUACAGUUUGACUUUGAAAAAUGCAGACAAUCUCACAAUGAUCAUAUUUCUUUUAGGAAGCCCCAACUGAUUCUGAGUUUGGGCAUAUAACGUUUACGUGUGAGAACUAGGUGCAUACUUUCUGAAUUCCCGAACUCACUUCCUUGUUUAGCCUAAUUCGUUUGUAGAGGGAAGGUUCUAAGGUUUUGUUGGACGGUGAUGGACUGAGAUAUCAGCCAAUGUAAAUCCGCCCCUGCCAUGGGCUCCUUUCCUGUCUCUUUAUGAGACAUUGUGAGAGACGGUUCAAAGGAGAAAGAGCCGGCUGGUGUACCAGAUCUGUCAUGGUUACAUGGAUGUUCAAUAAGUCCAAUAAGUCCUGAACACACAUCCAACAGCACAUUAUGCCAAGUGGCCAUAUCUACAUGGGUGUGGUCGCACAUUAUGAGAGUCAAGACAAUAAUGAGCAGACAGAAAAUCAAAUGUUUUGACAUAGCCUAUGUUUCUCAAUGCUCUACCCCAGUGGCCACUGACAGCUUGGUGUGCUUCCACAGGCCCCCUCAGUGACCCCCUCAGUGACAGCUGCUGUCCAGUCCGGGUCCAGAUCAGGAGCCCACACACAUGCCCCUUACUGAGCCUCUGUCUCACUGGCCUGCUUUGGACAAUCAUGGUCUACUAUCUCAUCAAAAACAACAUUUACUUCUUAAACCUCUCCUCAUAGGCCUGUGGGCCACAACCCAUUGGUGUGUCAAUACACCAAUGGGCAUCUGGCAUUUAUGCCACCAUCAACACAAAGCAAGGUCUCAGUGAAAUGUGUUAUAAUGAAUAUAUGUCUGUACUGCAUGUAUCGUGUAAUGUAUUGGCUACCCUUCAUGUAAUAUUACAGUGAUUGUCAUAAACAGUUCAGCUGUCUAA